AUGGUAAAGUUGGGAUACGUGCUCCUAUUGAUUUUCGGCACCAUCUUUGCCAUAAUAUUACUGGCCGGAUCAAUCACCAUAGGGAAGCUCGUGUUUCCCCGCCACCACCUGCCGACCCCGAGUAAUUACACAGUGGAACUACACAAGGCGCUCAUGUUCUUCGACGCCCAACGCUCUGGAAGAUUACCAGGGAAGAAUAACGUGUCACAGAAGGGAGAUUCUGGCUUAGAUGACGGGCAAUCUAAAAGUUCAUCAAUCAUCAAAAUUUCAUCAGGCGGAUAUUAUUAUGUCGGGGAUGCGAUCAAGUUCAAUUUCCCGACGUCUUUUGCUAUGACUACGUUUAGUUGGAGCGCGAUCGAAUACAGUGCCAAGUAUGAAGCUGAUGGAAAACUAGCACAUGUUAAAGAUAUUAUUAAAUGGGGCACUGAUUAUUUCCACAAGACUUUUGAUUUUACCCCCCGUUCUAUAGAUCGUAUUGUGCUGCAGGUUGGAGAUGGGGAUACUAGUGGAGGUCUAUCCCCAAAUGAUCGAUACUGUUGGACACGUCCGAGGACAUCGAUUUUGAUCGUCCCGUUACCAAGUGGAAGCAAUGUCCUUUAA